AUGGCUGAUGAUGGCGCAAAUAAUAGUGGUUGGUUUUUUUUGCUUUUUUUUUUUAAAGUCAUGUGAUUUUUAUUGAUAAGUUUUGAAAUAAGUUGGGAAUUUUUCUGAAUUUUCAAAGAAACUUGGAUUUUCCAUAGUUUUUGAAGGAUGAAUAUUAUUUUAAAAAUUUUGUUAGGAGAAAAAUGAACUCGAAAACACUUUGAAAAUUUGAAAAAAAAACUUUCAAAUUUGCAGACGAUUUGGUCAAUGUUCGAAUUCCAACCCAACUCAAAAAAAGUCAAAAACGAAAACAAAUCCGAACUGAAUUCGACGAUGAAACUCUCGAUCAAUCAGUUCUGGAUGCACAAAGAAGAGAACGUGAAAGAUUGGAAAGAUUAGACAAAAUUCGACAACAAACCAGCGAUGAUCAUAUCACACAAAUGGAGGCAUUAAUGAUGCCAAGUUCAUCAACAACAUUACCACAACUUGAUAUUCAAUUAUCUGAUUUUGAUAUAACUGCAAAUGAGGAAUUCAAUUUGGAAGCUGAACAAAAAUAUUUUGGUGGUCAUUUAAUGUUCGAAGAUCGAAAGGUUAAUAUUGAAUAUAGUCCCGAUGUUCCAUCAACAUCAAGUGCUCCGGUUGAAGUUAUAGAUUUAUCAUCGGAUUCGGAUGAUGAUAUUGCUGUUACUGGAGUUGUUCAAUCUACAAGACUAUUCACAGGUUAGUAAGAUUCGGGAUUCUUCGGGGAAAAGUUUUGUUCAACAUCAGGAAGAAACUAAAAGUGUUUUCUAGUAUGAGUUAUGACGUGGCAAACUUUGAAAAAUUUGAAAAACCGUGAUGUUCUUGAGACCCAGACUAUUUCGUUUUUUACAAUGAAAUUUACAAGGUUAUUGUUUUUUAAAGACACGAUUUUUCAAAGUUUUCCACGUCAUAACUUAUAUUAGGAAUUGAGUUCUGUAAUUUUUGACAUCUGAAUCGUAACCAGGGGGUCAAAAUUGUUAGAAAACUAUAUUUUACCAAUAAUCUCGAGUUAAAAAAUCAAACAUAAAUAACAAAGGAAUCUGAGAAAAAAUAGACGUGGAAUCGCUAGUGACUUGACACUUUUUUGUUGUUCUAUUUUUGUGUACUGAAUGAUAUGAGACAAAUUUGGCUCCGCCCAUUUUCGCUUUAAUUUCCUUGCUAUAUAAAUUCACAUAUAACAAUAAGUUUUUUUAAUAUCUUAAUCACCUUUAGUUCCGUUUUCGAUAGUUUUACCCUCAAAAAAGUUUUUUUUUUUCUGACUAAACCUCUAUGGUUUCAAAAAUAUAGGUUUUGUUAGAAAAUAUAAUUAUAUACACUGGAUAUUUUUUUUUUGUGCCCCCGAAAAUUGAAAAUUCCAUGUUGUCACGAGAUUUUUCCCUUCAAAAUUAUAUGUUUGUCUUUUUCAUUUUCAAGAAAUAAAAAAUUCACACAAAAAUUUAUUUUGUGUUUCGGAAAUAUCUAAUUCACCAUUCUAUUCAUCCAUAUUUUUUAAUUAUCGUGAGAGCGGAUUAUUUAACUCUUUUUUCUUUUUUUUUUUGGUUGCUAUGUAGUUCUUGGAUUAUUUUUUUAUCGGUUCUGAUUUUUAAUACGACUUUGGAGGCGCAAAAUAUGUUUUUUUCACGCAAAAAGUGGACGAGAAAAAGUGAGUAAAAGGGCCCAAAUCGUUCCUUUUUGGGAAAUUUUGAACUCUAAAAUAUUCAGAUAGAUAAAAAAUAUUUUAAAAAUUAGCUCAACUUAUAGUAGAGGAAUCUGAAAAACUAAAAAUUUCCAACCUGCCUCAAAUUGUAAACCAUAUUUUUUUGUUCAGGACGUAGGAAUCGAUGGGUGAACGCGGACAAAGAUCGAGAAGAAGCGCUUCAAAUGGAAAAAGAAUACAGUCGAGAACAGGCUAGAAUAAAAAAGAUGCGAGAUUUGGCCACCUUGGAAAGCACUGAAAAAUAUUGUGGAAGAUUGUUGGUGAAUUCGGGACAUCCUGAAGAAGAUUCGGAUAUUUUUGUGGCGCCACAUUUGACACACACUUUGCAACCACAUCAGUUGGGUGGUAUUCGAUUUAUGUGAGUGGUUAAGAAUUGAACAAUUCAUUUCUGAAACCUUAAAAUUCAAUUAAAUAAAUAAUUUUCUUAUUUUUUCUGAAAAAAUUGCAUUCUGAAAUUCUGAAGUGGGUUUCCACAUCUUUAAAAAAAUUCUGAAUCAGAUUUCGAAAAUUGCAUUUUUUCUCCAAAAAAAAAUAAAGUUUGAUUUUAAAAAUUUCAAGAAAUAAUCUUCUAUCCAUCAAUUUCUAAAUUUUUAUCCAACCCCUUUUCAUUUCCAGGUAUGAUAACACAAUCGAAUCAAUGCAUGAUUAUGAUCCAACAUCAGGAUUAGGAUGUAUUUUAGCUCAUUCAAUGGGUUUAGGAAAAACCAUUCAAGUCAUCACAUUCUCCGAAAUCUUCCUUCGCGCCACAAAAUCCCGCAAAAUUCUAAUUAUUAUGCCAAUUAACACAAUUCAAAAUUGGUAUUCGGAAUAUGACAGAUGGAUGCCAAAAUACAAUGAAAAAGGCGAAGUCAUUCGAAAUUUCGAGGUUUUUCUGCUUGGCGACGCUGUCAAAUCAUUUGAUCAACGUGUCAAUUUAAUCGAGGAAUGGCAUAAAAAAGGCGGUGUUUUAUUGAUGGGAUAUGAUAUGUUUCGACUUUUGAUAAGAGGAACACAACCAAAGAAAAUGAAGAAAAAACGACCGAAAUUGAAUAUGAAUGGCGUGAAUGGAUAUGAACAAAUGUUUGAGCCGGAUGAAAUUGAAGUUGAAGUUCCGGAAAAUGAAUUUACGAGCGAUGGAAGAAUUAAAAUUGAAGCCAAUAAUUGUGAGUUCGAUUUUUGAAAAAAAUUUUUGGAGGUUAACUUUCGGAAUUUUGAAAUUUUUGAAGAAAAAGCUGAAAUCAAUAAGUUUUCUGAAAAUUUCAAUUUUUCAUCAGAAAUCAAAAAAUGCUCUGAAAAUUCGAUUCGAUUUCAGAUUUUUCACUGCUCAAAAGCAAAUGAAAAUGAAAGAUAAGAUACUUAGCUCAAAACCCCAAAAAAAUUUAAUUUGAACAUUUCUCGACAGCAAUGCAAAAAAUCUAGAAAUCACCUAAAUUUUCAAGUUUUUCCUAAUUACAUUAAUUACAGUAAUCACUGAAGCUCUUCUCGAUCCUGGACCGGAAUUGGUUAUUUGCGACGAAGGUCAUAAAAUCAAAAAUCUCAACACGGAUAUCGCGAUUUCGCUUGGAGCUAUCGCCACAAAACGAAGAAUUGUUCUAACUGGAUACCCGUUGCAAAAUAAUCUUGUCGAAUAUUUUUGUAUGAUUGAUUUUGUUCGCCCAAAAUUUCUUGGCAACAAAAAAGCGUUUUCGGAAAGAUUUGAGAAACCAAUUAAAAAUGGACAAUGCACUGAUUCGACUGAAGGUAUUUUAUAGGAAUUUCAUAGAAUUAAAAUUCCAAGUCAAUUAUUUUUCCAGCUGAUAUCAAAUUUGCUCGCCAACGAACUCAUGUUUUGGUGGAAUUAGUCAAGGGUUUUGUUCAGCGACGAACUCAUUUGUUGCUCAAAUCCAUUUUACCCGAAAGCAAAGAAUUUGUGAUUUUGUUGAGAAAAAGUGUUAUUCAACGACUACUUUAUCGUUGUUUUGUUUUGUUUGCGAAAUCGGAGAUGAAAAAUGGACAAUGUGCCACAUUUAAUCCAUUGAAAGCGUUUGCGGUUUGUUCGAAGAUUUGGAAUCAUCCCGAUGUUUUGUGUAAUACAAUGGAACAUAUUGCUAGAAAUGAACAGGUCAGAUUUGUUUGAAGGGAACUUGGGGGCUUGGAAGAAAAAUUGGAUUUUUCAGAUUUGGAUUUUCUCUAGAUCAGCUCAAAAUCCAUCAUUUUCCAUCCUCUAAAAAGCUCUGAAUUUUUCAAAUUUCUGCUCUAAUAUGAGCAAUGCCAUUCGAAUAGAAGAAAUCUGAGUGGUUUUAAGCCGAAGUUAGAGAUUUCUAGAGAUUUUUUAUAAUUAGACCAAAAUUUUUUAUGAUGCUGUUUUUUUUGGUGUUUUAAACUUUCCUGGCUGUUAAACCCUUUUAAAAUUUAAAUAAAAAAUUUGAACUCCAUUAUUUCCAGGCAGCCGAUGAGCGAAAAACAGCAGAAUUCCAACGGCAAAUUCAAAUGAACAACAAUCCACUAAUGAAUCAUUUUCCAAAAUUACCAGUUUGGGGAAAUGGUCAACAAACAAUGGCUGAAAAAGAAGCAAAUGUGAUGGAAUAUCUACAACGACAUGCUGACCCAAAUUAUCCGCCAAUUCAAAGUCCUUUCUCAUCACUUCCCUCAAUUUCUUCAAAUUCUCCAGCUUCUGCUCUUUAUAAUGAACCUUCGACUUCUUCAACAACAACAACACCUACAAAAAAUCGAAAAAGACCACGAAAAAAUAAGAAAAAUGGUGAUUUAUUGGAUGAAGAUGAAGAAUCAACUGGAUCGAUAAAAUAUGAUUGGGCGAAGGAAACAAUGUUGAAUUAUAUCAAAGGAAAUAUUGAGAAUAGUUAUAAAAUGUUGAUUUCGCUUGAAAUUAUCGAUGAAUGCACCAAAAUUGAUGACAAGAUUCUUCUUUUUAGUCAGAAUUUGACUGCUCUUUCAUCGAUUGAAGAAUAUAUGAGCAAAAGAAAAGUUUUGACAAGAGAGAAUCCAACUGGCGUUGAAAGAUGGGAGAAAAAUCGAAAUUAUUUGCGACUCGAUGGUUCGACUUCGGGUGUAGAUCGAGAGAAAUUGAUUAAUCGAUUCAAUUCCGAACCAAAUUUGCGGGUAUUUUUGAUUUCGACGCGGGCUGGAAGCUUGGGAAUCAACUUGGUUUCUGCGAAUCGUUGUAUUAUUUUUGACGCGUGUUGGAAUCCUUGUCAUGAUGCACAAGCUGUUUGUCGAAUUUAUAGAUAUGGACAGCAGAAAAAGACUUAUAUUUAUCGAAUGAUUAUGGAUAAUUCGAUGGAAAAGGCGAUUUUUAAUCGACAAAUUUCGAAACAUGGAUUACAGCGUGAGUUUUGGUUUUUGAUUUGAGAGAAAAAAAAGAAAUUUUUUUAGAACAAGUUGUGGAUGAUGCUCAAGUUAAUGCAAAUAUUACGCAAAAAGAGCUUGAAACAUUGUUGGUUUAUGAUGUGAGUUGAAGUUUUUUAAAUAUUUCGAAACCCAGGUCCUGAAAAAUUUCAAAAAUUAAAGUGAUUUUCCAACUCACUAAAACCCUGAAAUUAUUUUAUCCGAAAAUUUCUGGAAAAAAUCCAAUCAUCAAAAAUUCCACCAUAAAUUUUUUCCAGGAAGCAUUGGAUGUUCGUCACGAUGCUUGGGACACAUCAGAUUGGGAUUUCGGCGACGAACUUCUCGACAAAAUCUGCAAAAAAUACAGUCAUCUAAUGGCCGAAAAACCAUUCCUCCACGAAUCCUUGAUUUUGGAAAGUGAUAAACAAUUGAGUGAAGAGGAGAAAAAAGAGGCACAAUUGUUGUUUGAGCGAGAAAAACGAGGCGAAUUGUAUCCAGAAGAAUCGGAUAUGUUUAUGAAUCGAGGAGGUUCGUUGGGAUUCUCGAAUCAACAUCCACAAUAUGGAAGUUUGAUGUUGCCGCGAGGUUAUGGAAUUCAACCACCACAGCCACAACAAUUUUUCGAUGGUCCGCCACCAAUGCGAUCGACACCAAUGGCACAGAGAAUUGUUAUGAAUAAUGAGACACAUUAUAUUAUGAAUUUACAUCAAAUGUCUCAACAACAACAUCAACAUCAACAGCAGCAACAACAACAACAACAACCAACAGCAGCAGCUCAUCAACCAAUACAACUUUCGACUCCAUUUCCGGGAGCAAGUAAAUGUCGAAAACCGGUUGUGAAUAAUAGUGGAUUUGUUCAGGAAAUAUUGACAGAUCGAGGUUAGAAUAUUUGGGGACAGGGAUAUUUUUGAGAUCAGAAAACUCAUUUCAAAAAUUUUAAAGCCAUUUUCAAGAUCAAGGUUAAAUUUUCAUAUUUCUGCUCAAUAAAACUUAAAGUCAACUUUGGAGCUCCAGAAAUGUGCUCACAGUUGUUUCCGGAUUUUGACAUUACACUUUCAGGCGGCUGAAUCUAGGGCAAUCUCUGAAUGGGGCCCCUGAAUGGGGCCAUUUUCUGAGAAAAUGGGGCCACCUGAAUGGGGCCACUUGUGUGGCAAAUAUCCUCAAUGGGGCCAGCAAGAAAAAAGUAAGAAUUUCUCACUUUUUCCUUAAUGGGGCCACCUAAAAAUACAAAACACACAAUUUCUGCAUAUUUCCUCAAUGGGGCCAUGUAUUUUUUGUUCAUUUCCUGAAUGGGGCCCAUCUUUUCAUUUUUAUACAUCUUGUGACGUCAUAGUGAUCGUGAAUUGAAAUUUCAUGAAAGUUUUCAAAAUUUUAAUAACGUUAUAAUGAUGUGGUUUUUAUUCUCAGCAUUGAAAAAAUUUCGAAUGUAACUUUUUUCUCAAAUUUUCAGGCUCUGACGACGAAAAUAUUGAAAUUUUCCUCGAAUAAUUUUUCUGGGUGAACUUUUAAAUUUCUUGCCCAAUUAUUUUCUUCGAUCAAAUUGAUGUUUUCUUCUAAAAUAAGUUGUACUUUUCAUUAAGUUCCGGUAAUUACCGUAUUCUUUGCUAGUUGACAACAAGUUUUUUGGAUAACUUCCCAAAAAAAACUAAUCUGGGUCUCCAAAAAACACACUUUUUUGCGCGAUGUCCGUGUCUUGUUUAUGGGCAAGGUGCCAAAAUAUCAAGGUGUGUCACCUUAUAUGACAUGUUCUUCAAUAGUUUUCAAAUUUUUUAUAGAAUUUCUAUGAGAAUUAUCUAACGAACUACUUCCAGAUUUUGGUUCAAUUUUCAUAACAUGCUUCCGGGAAAAUUUUUCGAAUUGUUUAAUGCGUAGUAUAAGAUUCUCGUGACCCGAAAAUUUGAGAAAUCAUUUGUUAUUUUUUCUCCAUAUUGUGCAAAAUUCUGAACUUUCUCUGUGAUUUUUGAUACUUUUCGAGUGUUUAAAAAAGCAAGACCUGAAUUUCAGAAAGAAAUAUUUCAUUUAAUUUUACUGUUUCAAAAAUUGUUGAAACUUGGGAAUUUUCAUGUAAGAGAGGCUCCGCCUUUUGCCUUGAGAACCCAAAAUUUGCAUACGUGGUAAACAUAUGAGUAAGUUAUAACUCAUAUACGCUAUUAAAAAAUUUGAAAACUUUCAUGAAAUUUCAAUUCACGAUCACUAUGACGUCACAAGAUGUAAACAAUUAAAAGAUGGGCCCCAUUCAGGAAAUGAACAAAAAAUACAUGGCCCCAUUGAGGAAAUAUGCAGAAAUCAUGUGUUUUAUCUUUUUAGGUGGCCCCAUUAAGGAAAAAGUGAGAAAUUCUUACUUUUUUCUUGCUGGCCCCAUUGAGGAUAUUUGCCACACAAGUGGCCCCAUUCAGGUGGCCCCAUUUUCUCAAAAAAUGGCCCCAUUCAGGGGCCCCAUUCAGAGAUUACCGAAUCUAGGCCUACCAAAUUCUGAGGCCUGAAUUUAGGCUCACUGAACUUAGGAUUGUUAGGCCUGGCCACUUCGCAGUAGAUUUAUAUUUGCACUCGCGAGAAGGCUUUUCUAGGCUUAGGCUCAGAUAUUUCUCUCACCAGCAAACGCUUAGGUUUUAAGAUUUGGCUUUUCUGGACUUAAGCUGAGGCUCAGAUCUGCUUUUAGAGGCCUUAACUUCUUCUAGGGGCCUUAAAAGGGGUUUCUAGGUAUUUUUUGGGAUUCUAGGUAUUUUUAGCAAUGAGCAAAACUGAAUUAGGAUCUUUCAAAGUACUAAAUUUGAAGUUUCAGAUUUUUAAAAUGUUUUUUUUUUCGAAAUCCAGGCUUGGUCCUUUUUUCAGUUUUGAAAAGUUACAGUUUCAAAGUUGUUCUCAAGUUUCUAAACAGUAUUUCAAAUCUUGAAAGUUCCAUCUGUCCAUUCCAAAAAACCCAUUUUUUCAGCCAAUCUUCUCCCCGUUGUUGGUCGCCGUCAUGAAAUUCGUCCAGUUCCAAGUGGAACUAUUGUUCAACUCGUCAAACCAAAAUUAGGAACCUACAUCAAAACAGUCAAUAAUGAGAUUCUUGAUGCAUCCGGAACUAUUUAUGAAACUUGUUAGUUUUUUUUUAAACCUUUUUCAAAUUUUUGAAUCUAUUUUUUGUAGAUGCUGAUAACUUGGUUGAACAAAUCCGAUUGCAACCCGAACAUUUCCAAGCAGCUCCUCAACAGCCACGUGGCGAACCUGAAGUUAUUGAUCUAGAUUGA